CCAUCAUCACCAUCAUCCUCACCAUCCUCACCAUCAUCAUCCUCACCAUCCUCACAAUCAUCACCAUCAUCCUCACCAUCAUCAUCAUCCUCACCAUCAUCCUCACCAUCGUCACCAUCAUCACCAUUGUUAUCUUCCUCACCAUCCUCACCACCAUCAUCAUCCUCACCAUCAUCAUCAUCAUCAUCACUAUCAUCACCACCACCAUCAUUAUCCUCACCAUCAUCCUCACCAUCAUCCUCACCAUCAUCAUCAUCAUCAUCAUCAUCAUCCUCACCAUCAUCCUCACCAUCCUCACCAUCAUCCUCACCAUCCUCAUCAUCAUCAUCACCAUCAUCCUCACCAUCAUCAUCAUCAUCCUCAUCAUCAUCCUCACCAUCCUCACCAUCAUCCUCACCAUCAUCCUCACCAUCAUCCUCACCAUCCUCACCAUCACCGCCAUCAACAUCACCAUCGUUAUCAUCAUCGUCACCAUCAUCACCACUGUUAUCAUCCUCACCUCCCAGUAACUCCAGUACCCCCAGUCUCUCCAAGUGCCCCCCAGUCCAUCCCAGUUCCAUCCCAGUCCAUUCCUGUUCCCUCCCAGUCCAUCCCAGUAAAGCCCCCAACAGGCCCUCGUCCAUCCCAGUUCCUUCCCAGUCCAUCCCAGUAAAGCCCCCAACAGGCCCCCGUCCAUCCUAG